AUGUGGAUGUGGCGCAGCUUCCUGUGCGUGUCUCUGGUCUGUGGUCUGGCUCUGGACUCCAACACCAUCCGAUCGUCCAAAGAGUCAACGCAGCAGAGCUCUGAGCUGACAGUAAGUCAAAUUUUAACCUUAAUGUCUGUCUACUUCUAAUUUCUACUUCAGCUGCAGAGUUUGUCCUAAAAUUUAUCCCUCAAACUGUUUCAGAAAGCUGAACUUUUACCACCAGUGGUGUUUGUGUCGCUCUGGAAAACAGAGAAUAAAAAAUAAUAAAGAUUAAGCAGGCUUCAUUAAACAGCUCACGUCAGACUGAAAACUGUUAAUUUAAUGAUUAAAAGAAGAAAAGUAGAAAAAGUUUUUUGAAAAAGUGUAUUUCUAGUUAAUGAAAAGAAGUUUAAUUGUGCUAUUCUUAAAGAUUUUAUUUAAUAGAACUGUAUUUAGUGUUGGGUUAUGUAUUUAAUGUCCUAUUGAAUGACAAUGCUGCAGAUUUCAACAGAGUAUUAAAAUCAGAUUAACAAGCAGCCUAAAAAUCAUUACAACUCCAAUAUUAAGAUUUUGAAGAAUACGAUAGUAAAAUGAGGUAAUUACUCUGGCCAAUAACUACAGCAACAUUAUUUUAUUAGGGUCAUACUGAGGAGGAAAAAUAUGUUAUGGGAAUUAAAGACCUUGGUGAAGUUAGUGAGUGUUUCUGUUUCUGUUUCUGUUUUCCGUCUCAACAUAAAGGCUUGGAUUUCUUAUGACUUACUACUCAUAAUAUAACAACUUUAUUCUCCAAAUCUUUAUUUUUCUCUUGAAUUCACCCUUGAUACUCCAUUGCAGUAAAUUCACGCUGUUGGUCCUGUAUUGUAAGUCUCCAUGUGACUUAUGUUUGAUAAUAAUUACUCACUUUUAAGAGAGUGAAAUACACCUUUAAUUUAACAUAACAUCUUAAUAAAAGCUCUUCAAAGAAUUCUUCUAUAGUACAGUAAUAUAAGACAUAGAGAUGGUGCAGUUUUCUUCUGGUUCGUUUUUUAAUGUUCUCUCUUUGGAUUUUUUCAGAUUUUUGUGAACUUCUAGAAUCUUUUUUCUUUGCAUAAAUUAAUAAAUGAACAUAAAAGCUAGUGCCACAGUGGCUUUUACAACUUCGUCUUGUUGAAGAGUUUGAUCUAACAGAGGUGAACUCACAUUUUUUUGUUUUUGUUUUGUUUGCGCUUCAAGCUGCAGGUGGAAGUUUUGUGCAAAGUAUUAUUGUCAAAUAUUAUCCUUGUAGACAAUAUUUAUGGAAAUACAUUUAUUUUUUACAUAUUCAACAUUUGGAGCACAAAUUAUUAUGUUGUACACAAAAUGCGCUUAAGAUAUUAUUGUGUGCACACAAGAAAAUAAUCUUGUGUUUCGGUAUUACUGUUUGCACACGUUGAUAUCUCUGCACACACGUUAUCUCGUACAUAAAACUUGAUUAUUAUCUUGUGCAUAGAAGUAAUGAUCUUGUGCAUCAGUUGUCUGCAUUAGAUAGUUAUACUGUGUGCACAUCAUCAUUAUUUCUGUGCACAUGAAAUAAUGAUAUUCUGCACACAAGUUCAAAUAUUUUACUUUUUGGAACUCAUGAGACAUUUUUUGUGUCUGUGAGUUUCGUUAACCUGUGAAGAAUCUGUCUAUAAAUAUGACUGUUAACACAGACAGAUUCAUUCACAGGCCUUUUAACUCAGAGGAGGAUAAUCAGGGGGGUUUAGUUAACUGAUAAUGAUGUAGUUUGAUCAGCACAGUCUCCUGACUCCACAGUGUGGUCUAAUGAUCCUCUCAGCACUGUCUACAGCAUGUGAGCGUCACAGCUCAGUGGGUUACUCUGCGCUACAUUAGUUUACGAUAUAAAAUGAUGUAAAACAAGCUGUAGUAGAAAAGAUCCAGGGAAUGUGAAAGAGUUCAAUUUAAUCAUAGUAAUUCAGCCUGUCAGGUUAAUACGUGGUGUCAUGUUUGGUUAGGUGUUUAUUCAAAACAUCAGGUCAAAUAAAUCAGGUGGACACAUAGAAAAUCAGCUGGAAAAAUGUCCAUUCUGGUUUUUUUUUUUUGUUUGUUUUUCAUAUUCUGGAGAGUGAAAACAUUCAGCUCUGUGAGCUGCAGAGUUUCCUGAAAAGUUAACAGCGGCUUUAAAGCAGAGUUGUAGUUUCUGUUUUGAAAUCUCCUCUGCUAUUAAAACUUGAUCUGUUGAUGUGAUGAUACGGUGAAUUAAUUACACUCUACCGUGUAAAACAUCCAUGGGAACUCAAUCUGUUUUAUUCAUUGGGAAGCACAGGCCUGUAAUUACGGUAAUACUUCCUAAACAGAAACAGCGUCUGUGCUUUCAUCAUUUAUUGACCAUUUUAUCUCACAAUCAUUUGAUUCUACUUUUUCUGCAAAGCUGUUAGAAAGAGCUCUGGGUUUACUGUGGCUUGAGAAGGCUGCUGGAUCAUUAUGGUAUUACUGUAUUUCUGUGGAACACAGUGCACAGUUCACCAAAGUGGUGGUAUUAUAAUGGUUCUGGAUCAUAAAAUAAAUAAUUAUCAUUAUUGUUUGAAAUUUAUGGUAGUAGCAUUAAUGCUUGUUCAAUAUAAAAAGAGAGUGAACACCUGCUGAACAGAGGAAACACCCUGAACCUUAAACUCCUGAUGUUACAAGAGCUUCAUUUUUAAAACAGAAUAAAAAAAUCAUAUUAUUUUAAAUCAGACAAAGAAAGCCAAGGAACAGAACCAGCGCCAUGCCUACCAAAUUUGGCUCUGAAUCCUGACACAUGUUGUUUUCUGGUCUUCACGGUGACAUCACUCUCACCUGUCAUUCAGGAUGGUUCCAAUGGCGACCAGGCAGACCGCCCUGUACGGCGCCGGACAGACAUAACGUCCAACUCCAACCGAUCCACACCUCCAUGCUCAACACCUGACUGUGAUGCACCUCAGGUGAGUGACUGCACCUGAGAAUACAUAAAACACAUGGAGCACAUUUUAGAUUAAGAGGUUUUUAUUGUGUUCCUGUAUCAGAGGGGACAGUGCAGUAACAGAGCUCAGAGGAGACUCUCGGCCCAGGACAGACAGGUGGACAGGCAGGUGGACAGACACGCAGAUGCAGAGACACAGAGCAAUGACGGCUUCAACAGGACUAAAGGUGAGAGUACAGAGGUCAACGACACAUCACCUCACCAUUUUACUAAUAAAUACAAUUAAUUUUCACCAUCUAUGUGUAACGGUGUUCAAAUUUAUGAAUCAUCUGCAUUACCAGCCCUGAAAACUUCUUUGGAGGAGACACUGCCUCAUAAAAUAUAAAACUUUUGUUUGUUAUGCUUCUAUUUGGAGAAUGUUACCACCCCAAGAGAGAGAGUAAGCCACAUACAGCCAUGAUAUUAAAAAAUCACAGUGACAAAAAAAAAAAAAAAACUCAGCUGAGAAGUCCAGUCCAGCAGACAACUUGUCUGUUGGUAUAGCAGGCAGCUCAUAGGAUAAACUCGUCAAUUUGAGUCACCCCGCCUCGAAACUUAGAGGUUUACUGAAGUUCAGAUGUUAAUCUUGUUAAAAACUAAUAUUUUAUAUCUGUCAGGAAAACAGAGAGCAGCUUGAAACCUUAAACAGUUUUUGUACUAAGCUGUCAACAUUUUGUUCCAGCUCUUCAAUGAAGAGCAUUAUUAUGGAGCCAAACAGGGGUUGACUCACUUUUUGGGCUGGCCUCUUGUGGACAUUUGAGGAACUGCACAUCUGUAUUAGCCCCACACUUAUGUGUGUCCAUAUGUCUUCCAGCUCCAGAGAUGUCCAGCUGUGUGCGGUCCGGUGACUGUGCAGAUGGUCUGUGCUGCGUACGGUAUCUGACUGGUAAACGGUGUCAGAGGAUCCCGGUGGAGGGCGAGGCCUGUCUGCUGCGAGGGUCCACCAAACUGAGGAGGAAGCUGGGCCGCUGCGACUGUGACGUGGGGCUGUCCUGCACUGCCGUCAACCGGGCAGAGUCGGGGAAAGCGAAGGGUCAGGGGGUGUGUCUGCCCAGUCAGAGCCAGAGGAACAUGAGGAAUUCUGGGAAGAAGAGGAGGACGGCGGAGUUGAGCUGCUGACAGAUUUACUAUAAACUCUGUAGUUUGAAAAUAUUUAAUUUAACUUUGUA